GUCACAAUUCAGAUACAAAAAGGAAAGAACCAGUCGUAGGGUGACACAGCGCAGUAAAGUUAUUAGUGUCACGCUCGAUAUUCGGCUGUUCUGCUUAAGGGAUCGUCUAAAAAUUCCACGCACGGUACAAAACGAAUGUUCAAAUGUCAGCCGACCAGGAAGCACAAGAAGAUGAACUGCUUGCUCUAGCGAGCAUCUACGAUGAAGAGGAGUUUCGCAGAGCCGAGUCGGGAAAGGAGGGCGAGAUCCAUCUGUGCCUGGAGCUUCCGCCGAGCUUCAAACUGCUAGUCAAGGGACAGAAUUCCACAGAGCAUAAUGUAUCAUUUCUACCUCCGCUGGUUCUGAGUUUUGAAUUCCCGGCUGACUACCCUUCAGCAUCGGCUCCGGUUUUUACUGUAAGCUCCAAAUGGCUGACGAGAGUCCAGAUCACUGCACUUUGCAGGAGAUUGGACGAGCUUUGGGAGGAGAACCAAGGCAACGUGGUUCUUUUUACCUGGAUGCAGUUCCUAAAGGAAGAGACUCUGGACUUCCUGGGAAUCCAGUCACCGCUGGAAAUCCAGAGCAUUGAGAGUCCGCCUCAGUGUGAAUCUGGCCCAAAACAAGCAGUAGACCUUUCCGGAGAAAAAAGUAAAGAUUUAGACCCAAGAGCCGUGCAAGAAGUCGACGCUCGCACAGAUAUACUGACUCAGCUGCUGGAUUUUGACGAAGCUCAGCAGCAGAAGGUGUUUGAUGGGAAGGUGUUCUGCUGCGGCAUCUGUUACUCCGAGAAGCUUGGAUCCGAUUCUCUGCUCUUCAAAGAGUGUCAGCAUGUGUACUGCAAGGCCUGCAUGAAGGAAUACUUUCAGAUCCAGAUAAGAGACGGAAAAGUCCAGUGCCUUAACUGCCCUGAGCCAAAGUGCAUGUCCAUGGCCACUCCUUCACAGGUGAAACUUCUCGUGGGCGAAGAUGAGUUUGCGCGCUAUGAUCGUCUUCUGCUGCAGUCGAGUCUGGACCUGAUGGCGGAUGUGGUGUAUUGUCCCCGCAUGAGCUGCUGUAUGGCUGUGAUGGUCGAGCCUGACUCCACUAUGGGCAUCUGUCCCGCCUGCAGAUAUGCCUUCUGUACCCUCUGUAAGCGGAGCUAUCAUGGCCUCUCUCACUGCAUAGCGACUGCUGAUGAGCUUCGCAGUUUGCGGGAUGAGUAUAUGUCUGUGAGUGAAGAGGGGAAGAAGUUCCUUGAGAAGCGUUUUGGCCGACGGGUCAUUCAGAAGGCGGUGGAGGAGUCUUUUAGCACAGACUGGCUGAAGGAUAACUGUAAACAGUGCCCUUGCUGUGGCACUAAUAUACAGAAGGUGCACGGCUGUAACAAGAUGACCUGUUCGUCCUGUCAGAAGUAUUUCUGCUGGAUCUGUCUGGGAGCUCUCAGCAGAGUGAACCCCUACAGCCACUUCAACAACCCCAACUCGCCCUGCUAUAACCAAUUGUUUCAAGGAGUGCAAAUGGACGAGGAAGAAGGCUUUGGGAGUGACGAAGAUAACUGAUCCUCUAUAAAUGAAAUGUUUUCAUGCACACCAGACUGGACUCGACCAGAACCGAAAGCCCAAGACCUGACUUGAGUGUCAAGCAUUUUUUAGCAAUAUAUAUUUUUUUUAAUUUUCAACAUUUUUGCAAUUCAAAUUCCAGCUCAUACAAGCAUCCCUUCACAUAGCUUCAUUGAAGAUUGUAAACAUUUCCACAUUUCCAAAUCAGCCUAACAGCUGUGCAUGCAAAACUACAGAAUAUAUCCUAUAUCUUUAGUUUAUGAAUCGGGUUUCUUUGCUGUUAUUGUCUUUUAAGAAGAUGUAUUGUUUGUAUAGGUAUCCUCGGCUAUUGCUGUCAUUGUUAAUAAUGUACAUUUCAUCUUUCGGACAAACGGUGGAUGGAUUUAGCAGUAAAAUAAAUGUUAAAGAGUUCUUGUGGCGUGCAUACUGUCU